CCGCAUCUCGGAGACCUUGGCCGGCAUCUACGACGACAACUCGCUGAGCCAGGACUGCGAGAGGGACCCCGAGCCCCCCAAGACGCCCCCCAACCCGCCCGGCGCCGACUCCACCCUCCCCGAGGACGAGGAGGACGAGGAGGACGACGAGGACGACGAGGAGGAGGAGGAUGACGAGGAGGAGGAGGAGGAGGAGCGGGAGGAAGGCCCGGCGGCCGCCCCGGAGCCGCGGCGCCGCGUCUUCGUGGUGGGCCUGGGGCCCGCCGAGAGCGAGGCCCGCGCCAAGUUCGAGGGCAAGCUGUCGCUGGAGGUGGUGACCCCCGGCAACCCCAAAGCCCCCCCGGGCCAGGGGGUGCCCUCGGCCCCCCAACCCCGCGGCGGCGGCGCCGGGACGGCCCCCAAAGCGCCGGGGCGGCACCGCGGGCGCCGCGACUGGGCCGCGCCGGGCGACUCGGAGGUGGAGGAGGGCGAGAUCGUGCCGGCCGAGGAGGAGCGGCCCUUCAGCCCCCUGCGCCUCUUCCGGGCCUCGGCCAACGCCCCGUCGCGGCCGCCCCGGCUGCCCGAGGGCGGCGACGACUUCCUGUCCCUGCACGCCGACUCCGACGAGGAGGCCGAUUUCGGCGCCGAGGCCCAACCCGACCCGCGCUGGAAGGGCGGCCCCGGCGGCGGCUCCGGCGGCGGCUCCGGCUCCGGCUCCGACCUGCGGCGCAAGAUCCUGAGCCAGCGCCGGCUCCGGGCGCCGCCGUCGCCGCCGCCGCCGCCGCCGCGCUCGCCCUCGGCCGCCUCCCGCAAGAAAUCCAAGCGCUCCCGCGAGCGCGGCUCCGGCGGCUCCUCCCCGUCGUGGGGGGCGGCCAAAAAACCCCCCCGGGGCGACCCCGAGCCUUCCUCCGCCGCCGCCUCCUCCUCCUCGAAGUCGAAGGAGCGGCACCGGCGCCGCCGCGGCUCCCGCUCCCGCUCCCGCCGGCGCUCGUGGUCGUCGCGGCGCUCGCGCUCGCGGGGCGGGGGGGAGAAGCGGCGGCGGCGGCGGCGCUCGGGCAGCUCCGGGGGCCGCUCGCGGGGCGGCCGCAAGGACAAGGACAAGCGCCGGGGCGACAAGAAGAAGAAGAAGCAGCAGCAGCAGCAGCGGCAGCGGCGGCACCGCUCGCGCUCCCGGGAGCGCCGGGCCUCGCGCCGCGACGCCGAGGCCAAGGGCGAGAAGGACGGGGUGUCCUCGGUCACAAGAGGAGGAGGAGGAGGAGGAGGAAGCCACCGGCGGGAGCCGCGGGCCGUGGUGCCGCCGUCGGUGCAGGAGCUCAGCGACUCGGCCCUGUUUGCCAUCAAGAGGACCAUCACGGUGAGCCGGCGCGCCGCCGGCAGCCCCGAGCCCAAGCGGGAGGUGCUCUACGACUCCGAGGGGCUCAGCUUCGAGGGCUUCUCCGACCGCGAGCCCGCCGAGCUCCCCCCGGCGCCGCCGGCGCCGCCGCGCCGGGGAGGGGACAAGAGGGGGGACAAGGAGCGCAAGAGGGGCCGCCCCGACGAGCGGGCGGCGUCGGCCACCAGGGACAAGCACAAGAAGAAGUUCAAGGAGGAGCCGCCGGCGCCGCCGGAGGGAGGGAAGGCCAAGGAGAAGCCGCGGGAAAAGGGCGGCGCCCGCAAGGCCAAAGCCAAGGAGGCGACGCCGGCGGCGGCACCGGCGACGCCGGGAGCGCCUAAAGCGGCCACGGCCACGAGCAGGAAGGUGAAGCUGCAGUCCAAGGUGUCCGUGCUCAUCCGGGAGGGCGUCAGCUCCACCACCGCCCCGGGGAAGGAGCCGGGCACCGGCACCGGAAUCGGCGUCAAGUUCGCCCGCGACGCCGAGAGCCGGGCACCCUUCCUCAAAUCCGGGGGGCUCCUCAAGGCCGGGGGGCUCCUCAAGGCCGGGGGGCUCCUCAAAGCCGGGGUGGGGGCCCCCAAACCCGACGGAGACGCCGCCGUCGCCGCCAAACCCCCCCGCAAGGCCAAGCCCGCCAAGGGCAAGGGCGGCAGCGCCAAGAAGGCGAAGGGCGCCAAGGCCGCCAAGGGCGAGGGGCGCAAGAAGAGGAAGGCCAAGGGGGGCGCGGGGGGCGCCGGGGGGGCCCCCAAGGGCGCCCUGAAGAAGUCCAAGGCCGACAGUUGCAGCGCCGGCGCCGCCCUGACCCCCCCCCCGGCGCCGGCCCGGCCCCCCCGGCCCGAGGAGGCCGAGGAGGAGGAGGAGGAGGAGGAGGAGGA